AUGGAAGCGACAGGGUUGAGUUUGGGAAAGUCUGUGCUGGAUGGAGUCCUCAGCUACGCCAACUCCGCCAUCGCGGAGGAGGUGGCUUUGCAGCUGGGCAUCACUGGCGACCAGGCUUUCGUCAGGGAUGAGCUCGAGAUGAUGUUAUCUUUCCUCAUGGCUGCACACGAGGAGAGAGACGAGCACAAGGUGGUGAAGACCUGGGUGAAGCAGGUCCGCAACGUGGCCUAUGACGCUGAAGACUGCCUCCAAGAUCUUGCUGUUCGUCAUGGGAAGUCAUCUUGGUGGUGCUUCCUUCGGAAGCUGGUUGAUAGGCACCGUGUCGCCACACGGAUGAAGGAACUCAGAGCCAAGGUUGAGGAUGUCAGCCAGAGGAACAUGCGGUAUCGCCUCAUCAAGGGCACUGGCCCCAUGUCUGCAAGUGGAGCUGGGCCAUCAAACAUUUCUGGUGCAACAAUGUUUGGCAUUGAGGAAGCAAGGAGGCUGAAGGACAAAGCAAAAGUGGAUCUUUCCCAACUGAUCAAUGAGGGGAAUGGGGAUCUUAGAGUGAUUGCUGUGUGGGGAACAAGUACUGGUGUUCUUGGCCAGACCAUCGUCAUCAAAGGAGUGUAUGAUGAUCUGAAGAGAAGCAAAAUGUUUGAACUUUUUGCUUGGAUCAGGAUUGUGCAUCCUUUCAAUCUACUGGAGUUCCUCCAGUGCAUUAUGAGGCAAUUCUAUCAAACUUCUUUUGAAGAUGUAGGGAAGACCCAAGAAAAAACUAACAUUGGGGCUCAAGUUAUUAAGAAGAUGGGGAAGAUGAAACAAGAUGAUUUGGUUGAUGCAUUCAGUGAGCAUGUGAAUGAGAAAAGCUAUCUGAUUGUGCUUAAUGACCUGUCCACUGUUGAAGAGUGGGAUGCGAUUAAGGAAUAUUUUCCGGACAACAAGAAAGGAAGCCGAAUCAUUGUAUCAACAGAGCACCGUGAAGUUGCAAGCCUAUGUGCUGGGCAAGAAUGUAUUGUGUCGGAGCUCAACCAAUCAUCUGUUGAUCAAAGUAUUUUUGCUUCCUACAAUAAGGUCUCUCAAAGUCGAGACACAUUAACAAAGCUAGGGCCUAGCUCAAUUGAAGCUACCAUCGGCGGUAACAGCUCAUUGACGCCGAGAGAUGAGAUCCAUGAGAAUCAAUUUGUAGGCAACAAUGAGAAGAUGGCCAAAAAGAGCCUUACCCGGACAAUCACAGGUGCUUGGGUGGAAUCUCAGGUUGUGGGUCGAGAGAAAGAGAAGAUUGACCUUAUCAAUUUAAUUUCAAAGCAACCUAUAGUGAUCUCGGUGUGGGGAAUGGGAGGUCUUGGAAAAACUACUCUAGUCAAAGAGAUCUACCAAAGGCAAGAGCUAGGUGGCUUAUUUGAGAAGCGAGCAUGUGUUACAAUCAUGCGUCCAUUUGUUCUCCAAGAGAUCCUUGAGAGCUUAGCUAUGCAAUUAGAUGCAUAUUCUGUUGUGUUAGGCACAGAAAAAGUAACCGAAGCUCAAGCACUUGAUAAGGUUUUGGCAACAAAGAGGUGUCUAAUUGUUCUCGAUGACUUGUCUUCUAUUAGGGAAUGGGAUAUGAUAAUACAAAGUGUCCCUAAAAUGAAGAGUGAAUGUUGGAUCAUUAUCACCACAAGGGAAGAGAAUAUCGCAAGACAUUGCUCACAAAAGCCAGAAAACAUAUACAAGCUCAAGGUUCUUGAAGAUAGUGACGCUCUUGACCUCUUGACCAAGAAGGUAUUUAAGGAGGCCAUAAAUUUAUAUAAUUAUCCUGCAUUGUUUGAAGAGGCUAGAAUGAUUCUUAAGAAAUGUAGUGGACUUCCCCUAGCAAUAGUGACAAUAGGGGGCUUCUUGGCCAAGCAACCAAAGACUCCCAUGGAGUGGAGAAAAUUAAAUGAACAUAUUAGCUCCGAGUUAGAGAUGAACCCAGAACUUGGGAUAAUAAGAGCUAUCCUUAUGAAAAGCUAUGAUGGUUUACCAUAUCAUCUCAAGUCUUGUUUCUUGUAUAUGUCCAUCUUUCCUGAAGACUACAGUAUUAGCCGAAGACGCUUGGUGCAUCGAUGGAAAGCAGAGGGUUACUCAAGUGAGGUACGUGGCAAGUCUAAGGGGGAAAUAGCUGAUGGCUACUUCAUGGAACUUAUUGAGCGAAGCAUGGUCCUACCAUAUAAAGAAUCAAUUGGUAGUAGAAAGGGUAUUUCCUCUUGCAAACUUCAUGAUCUCAUGCGUGAAAUCAGCAUCUCAAAGGCAAUGGAAGAAAAUCUUGUUUUUAGAAUGGAAGAAGGAUGCAGCUUAAACACCCAAGGCACCAUACGUCACCUCGCUAUAAGCAGCAAUUGGGAGGGUGAUCAGAGUGAGUUUGAGAGCAUAGUGGAUUUAUCUCAUAUAAGGUCAUUAACAGUUUUUGGGGUGUGGAAACCGUUUUAUAUUUCUGAUAAGAUGAAGUUGCUACGUGUGCUGGACUUGGAAGGCACCUCUGGUCUUGUGUAUCAUCACCUUUUGCAGAUUGUGAAGCUCCUUCACCUAAAAUACCUUUCUUUAAGGGAAUGUAAAGGCAUUUUUCACCUGCCAGAGUCACUUGGUAACCUGAAGCAACUGGAAACACUAGAUGUUACUGGUACAAUAAUAUUCAAGCUGCCGCAGGCCAUCACCAAGCUUAGGAAGCUACAAUAUAUUCGUGCCGGGUCCUUGUAUAAUGAUAUUUUCAUGGCUCUCUCCGCUGAAGAAUUCACGGAAAAUUUCAUGGAAGAUGCCCCGAAGAAGUUAUGUGUGUGGACUUAUCUUUUUAUUACCUUUUGUUUUUCAAUUUGCAGCCUUAAGUUUGCGAAGAAUACACGAAUACCAGCUGACAUGGAGGGUGAGCCAAAAAAUAGGCGUGAUGUGUGCACAUUCUAUUGCUGCGUGGUGUUCCCCUUUUUAGCAACGCUUGCCGAUCCACGUGGCGUUGCAGUGCCAAGAGGGCUCUGGAAGUUGAAAGCCUUGCACACACUGGGAGUUGUGAAUAUUGCACGAGGGAAGGCCAUCCUACAGGACAUUAAGAGGCUCACCCGGCUACGCAAGCUAGCAGUUACUGGCAUCAACAAGAAAAAUUGCAGAGAGUUUUGUUCCACCCUUGUCCAUCUCAGCUCUCUGGAAUCACUGUCAGUGCACUCAAAGGAGGAAGGUCUAGGUGACUGCUUGGAUGGAUUGUCCUCGCCUCCGAAGAACAUCCAGAGCCUCAAUUUGAAUGUCAAUCUGGACAAAUUACCAGAGUGGGUCGCGGGUCUCCAGAAUCUUGUGAAGCUGAAGCUGGAACACACCUGGCUAACAGAGGUGGAUGGCACCAUACGAGUCCUUGGCAAGCUAUCUAACCUGUCCAUCCUUUGUCUGCUGGGCCGCACUUUCAAGGCAGGAGGCUGUCGUUUAUCUUGCCGGAGGGAGGCAUUCCCGAGUUUGACAGCGCUGGAGACAGGGUGGUACACUGGCAUCGAAUCGGUGUUGUUUGAAGAAGGAACAGCGCCUAAGCUUGAGCUGUUGCUUAACAGGGGCGCAAUCUCUUUUUCUGGGCUAUCAUGUCUGCCGAGCCUCAAGGAAGUUAUGAUUAUGAUUCGUAUGGAUCCAUGGUUGAGGAAUGACGUGCAGCACCAGCUUAGCCUGAAUCCAAACAAGCCUGUUCUGAAGUUUGUUGGAGCUGAGCUCCGCAUGUAA